ACUCUCUCCGCCUAUUUAAUCCCCACUCCUCGCCGCCUCCGAGCUCCACCGCCACCGCCACCUCCUCCUCGCCGCCGGCCAGCCACCGCCGCCGCCGCAUUCCGCGCCUAGCGUGUUCUCGCUUCUUCGUGGUCUCAGCAUUUGCCCCGAGAAUGGCGGCGGCGGGGGCGGUGUUGCCGGAGCAGAUCGCGGCGAUGUGGGAGCAGGUGAAGGCGCCGGUGGUGGUGCCGCUGCUGCGGCUGUCCGUGGCGGCGUGCCUCGCCAUGUCCGUGAUGCUGUUCGUGGAGAAGGUGUACAUGUCGGUGGUCCUCGUCGGCGUCCACCUGUUCGGCCGCCGCCCCGACCGCCGCUACCGGUGCGACCCCAUCGUCGCCGCCGGCGCCGACAAUGACGACCCCGAGCUCGCCGACGCCAACGCCGCCUUCCCCAUGGUCCUCAUCCAGAUCCCCAUGUACAACGAGCGCGAGGUGUACAAGCUGUCGAUCGGGGCAGCGUGCGGGCUAUCGUGGCCGUCGGAUCGGGUGAUCGUGCAGGUGCUCGACGACUCCACUGACCCCGUCAUCAAGGAGAUGGUGCAGGUGGAGUGCAAGAGGUGGGAGAGCAAGGGGGUGAGGAUAAAGUACGAGAUCAGGGACAACAGGGUGGGGUACAAGGCCGGGGCACUGAGGGAAGGCAUGAAGCACGGCUACGUCCGCGACUGCGACUACGUGGCCAUCUUCGACGCCGACUUCCAGCCCGACCCCGACUUCCUCGCCCGCACCAUCCCCUUCCUCGUCCACAACCCCGACAUCGCCCUCGUCCAGGCCCGCUGGAAGUUCGUGAAUGCAAAUGAAUGCCUGAUGACAAGGAUGCAGGAGAUGUCCUUGGAUUACCACUUCAAAGUAGAGCAAGAAGUGGGUUCCUCCACACACGCCUUCUUUGGCUUCAAUGGGACUGCUGGUGUGUGGCGCAUAUCUGCGAUGAACGAGGCAGGAGGCUGGAAGGACAGGACAACAGUUGAAGACAUGGAUUUGGCAGUCAGAGCAGGCCUCAAGGGAUGGAAGUUUGUCUACCUUGGUGAUCUCAUGGUGAAAAGUGAACUUCCAAGUACAUUCAAAGCAUUCCGGUAUCAACAACACAGAUGGUCCUGCGGACCGGCAAACCUGUUCAGGAAAAUGUUGGUGGAGAUUGCCACAAACAAGAAAGUGACAUUGUGGAAGAAGAUCUAUGUGAUCUACAACUUCUUUUUGGUGCGCAAGAUUAUUGGACACAUUGUGACCUUUGUGUUUUACUGCCUUGUUGUCCCGGCAACGGUUUUAAUUCCAGAAGUUGAGAUACCAAGGUGGGGUUACGUCUAUUUGCCAUCCAUCGUCACCAUUCUCAAUUCUAUUGGGACUCCAAGGUCAUUGCACUUACUUAUCUUUUGGGUCCUCUUCGAGAAUGUUAUGUCACUGCAUAGAACAAAGGCCACGCUGAUCGGCCUGUUAGAGACAGGCAGGGUGAAUGAAUGGGUGGUGACCGAAAAGCUUGGCGAUGCUCUGAAAUUAAAAUUGCCAGGUAAAGCAUUCAGGAGGCCGCGCAUGAGGAUAGGAGACAGGGUGAAUGCAUUGGAGCUUGGUUUUUCAGCCUACCUGUCCUUCUGUGGAUGCUAUGAUAUUGCCUAUGGGAAGGGCUAUUACAGUCUCUUCCUUUUUCUCCAAUCCAUCACCUUUUUCAUCAUCGGUGUGGGCUAUGUGGGGACAAUUGUCCCGCACUGAUUACAGAACCUCGAUGAGGCUAUCCAUCUUGGAUCAACGACCGGCUCUGGUUCUUUCCAGUCUCAUGGUGUUAGGUAUGCAACAAGAUGACAGAUCAAGCAGGCUUCUCCUGUGUGCAAGUGCAAAGUUUCCUGACAACAAUGAAGUGUAAAAGCACUGCAAAACAAGCAAUAGAUAAGGCUUUUAGCUGCUAGGAAUAUGCUGUUAUGUGCAUUACAAUUGUGAUGAUCUAGCAGUCUGUUCAGAGUCUCUGUGUCACCUUAGCAGAAUCUGUAGUGGGAAAGAUAGGAGUUGUUAAAAGCUUUAUAUUUUCUGCAAACAGGAAAAAAAUUGGAGUUUUUGGUUUUAGCAUGUAGCUUUAGUUCUGGGAACAGGAAGAAAAAAUAAUAUGUAUUGGUUCCUCAAUAUGCUCACCUGGUACAAAAGAGAGGCUGUACAUCUUUGCUUUAA